AUGCUGCCCCUCAGCCGCGGGCGGCCCCGCCGCUGGCAGCGCCCCCUGCUCCUCCUGUCAGCGCUGCUCUGGGCGCCGGCGCUGGUGGCUUUCAACCUGGACGAGGAGAAGCUGACGGUGUACAGCGGGCCCCCGGGCAGCUACUUUGGCUACUCGGUGGACUUCUACAUCCCCGACCCCAGCACGGUCAGUGUCCUGGUGGGAGCCCCCAAAGCCAACACCUCGCAGCCGGACAUCGUGGAAGGAGGAGCGGUGUACCACUGCGCCUGGCCCGGCGCCCGGUGCCGGCAGAUCCCCUUCGACAACACCAACAACAGGAAAAUUAAAGUCAAUGGCACCAGGGAACCUAUUGAAUUUAAGACAAAUCAGUGGUUUGGGGCAACAGUCAAAGCUCAUAAAGAGAAAGUUGUGGCUUGUGCUCCUCUGUAUCAUUGGAGAACCCUUAAAGACAGCCCUGAGAAGGACCCUGUUGGCACCUGCUAUGUAGCAAUCCAGAACUUCAGUGCCUAUGCUGAAUAUUCACCUUGUCGCAACAGCAAUGCAGAUCCUGAAGGACAAGGCUUUUGUCAAGCAGGUUUCAGCUUGGAUUUUUACAAGAAUGGAGACCUGAUAGUAGGCGGGCCCGGUAGUUUUUAUUGGCAAGGUCAGGUAAUCACAGCAAGUGUUGCAGACAUCAUUGCAAAUUAUUCCUUCAAGGAUAUUCUGAGGAAACUGGCACGAGAGAAGCAAACAGGAGUGGCACCACCCUCAUAUGAUGACAAUUACAUGGGAUACUCAGUGGCUGCUGGGGAAUUUACUGGGGAUUCUGAACAAGAGCUGGUUGCUGGAGUCCCAAGGGGUGCACAGAACUUUGGCUAUGUCUCAAUUAUUAAUUCCUCUGACCUGACCUUUAUCCAGAACUUCACUGGUGAGCAGAUGGCGUCCUAUUUUGGGUACACAGUUGCAGUAUCUGAUGUUAACAAUGAUGGUUUAGAUGAUAUCCUAGUUGGUGCUCCUCUUUUUAUGGAACGAGAAUUUGAGAGCAAGCCUAAAGAAGUUGGGCAAGUUUAUCUGUACCUGCAAGAAAGUGCAUUCCUCUUCCAAGAUGCACAAAUUCUGACAGGCACUGAAGUGUUUGGUAGAUUUGGCAGUGCAAUCACUCACCUUGGGGAUCUCAAUCAGGAUGGAUAUAAUGACAUUGCUAUUGGUGCACCAUUUGCAGGAGAAGACAGAAGAGGGAAAGUGCUCAUUUACAAUGGACACAGCAAUGGGUUAAACCCUAACCCUUCCCAGGUUCUCAAUGGAGCCUGGGCCUCUCAGUCCAUGCCUUCGGGAUUUGGCUUCACUCUGAGAGGAGACUCUGAUGUAGACAAGAAUGAUUACCCAGAUUUAAUUGUGGGUGCAUUUGGAGCUGGAAAAGCAGUUGUUUACAGAGCCAGACCUGUUGUGACAGUGAAUGCUCAUCUUAUUCUGAACCCCAUGAUUGUGAAUCCAGACAAUAAAACCUGUCAGCUCCCCAACUCUCAGCUUUUGGUGGCCUGCUUUACUGUAAGAGUCUGCGCAGAUUUUGAAGGUCAAAGUAUCUCAGAUGAGAUAGUGCUGAAAGGUGAAUUACAGUUAGAUUCAUUGAAACAGAAAGGAGCUGUUAAGAGAACCCUCUUCUUUGAUUACCAUCAGUCACAUCACUACUUCUCCAUUGUGAUAGAAAGACAGAAACAACUCCAUUGCCAGGACUUCCUUGUUUAUCUCAGAGAUGAAACAGAAUUUAGAGAUAAAUUAUCUCCUAUCAAUAUAAACUUCAAUUAUAGUUUGGAUGAGACCAGUUUUGAAGAUAGUUUCACUGUGAAGCCAAUCCUGAACUAUUACCAGAAAAACUCACUAGCAGAGCAGGCUUACAUUCUGGUUGACUGUGGGGAGGACAACUUAUGUAUUCCUGACUUGCAACUUUCUGCAGUGCCGGAUACAGAUCAGCUAAUAAUUGGAGAAGAAAACUGCGUCAUGCUCAUAAUAAAUCCAAGGAAUGAUGGGGAAGGAGCCUAUGAAGCUGAGCUACAUAUAAAGAUUCCACCCGAAGCAGAUUACACCGGGGUCGAACGCAACAACAAGGCCCUGCGUGUGUUGAGCUGUGAUUACAAGAUGGAAAAUGAAACUAGAAUGGUGGUUUGUGAUCUUGGGAACCCCAUGGUGGCUGGCGCAAACUUCUCCGCAGGCAUUCGAUUUUCUGUUCAGCAUUUUGAAAAUGCAGACUUCAGCAUCAAUUUUGAGCUGCAAAUAAAAAGUUCUAACAAGAUAAAUCCCACCAGCAACUUAGUGAACCUCCAUAUCAACAUCAGUGCUGCAGCUCAAGUACAGAUCAGAGGAGUGUCUCACCCCCCAACAAUUAUUUUGCCACUUCACAACUGGGAACCCAAAGAUGAACCUACAAAAGAAGAAGAAGUUGGUCCUUUAGUAGAACACAUCUAUGAGCUGCACAAUAUAGGACCAAGUGCCAUCAACCAUACAGUUCUCCAUGUUGGUUGGCCUGUGUCCAGUAGAGAAGAAUUUCUUCUUUAUAUUCUCCACAUUCAGACACAUGGACCAUUGCACUGUCAAACAAGCUCUCCUAUUAAUCCAAUGCAAAUAAAGUUUGCUGUUCCAGAAGACACUCCUGAACUUGCUGCUUUUUUAUAUAAUUCCACAAUUUCUCAUUACAUCAGGAGAAGGGAUGUUGCAGUGGCAGAACCUCACAGGAAAAACUCUGCAAGAAUAUUGAACUGUACAAAUGUGAAGUGUGUCCUAAUUUCAUGCACUGUGGGACAGCUGGAAAGAGGAAAGAGUGCUGCACUAAAAAUCAGGUCCCGGCUCUGGGCACAAACAUUCCUGGAGAGAAAAAAUUAUCUCUACAGUCUUUCUUCCAAUGUUUCCUUUGAAGUUAAGAGCAUGCCAUAUAAAGUGCAACCAGCAAAGCUCCCUGAGGGAAGCAUAGCAAUCAGAACAUCUGUCAUUUGGUCCACCCCAAAUGUGUCCUUUGAGAUCCCUUUGUGGGUUAUAAUACUAGCCAUUCUUCUUGGACUACUAGUACUAGCUCUGCUGACCCUAGCUUUAUGGAAGUGUGGCUUCUUUGACAGAGCUAGACCUCCUCAAGAUGACAUGGCUGACAGGCAGCAGCUGACAAAUAACAAGACUACUGAUGCAUAAAGGAAGAGAGUGACAGUUCAAGUCAGAAUCCUGCCUGAGAGACUAGAAACAUGACGAGGAUUAAAUGAAAGAUUCCUUCCAACCAGUCUUCCUUUGUACCUGCAAGUGACAUGUUGUCGAUCUGAUCUAUGCAAUGUUCUGAGAACAUGCCACAUGAUGGCCAUCCUUGCCAAAGAAAGUAACUUAUCACUGCCUUACAAACAUAUUUUCCACUGAACAGAAUGUUUAUCCCAUAUUCCAGUCAGUGUACGUUUCAGCAGAUGCUUCUGAGCACAUGUGGUAUGCUGAGAUGCUUCCAGAACAAGCCCAGAUCUCUCAAGGAGAGAAUGCCUUCAUUGCUGGAUUGGCUAGAAGAUGAAGCAGGACAAACCUUCUGAAUGCUACUGUAUCAUGCAGAGUAUCUUUGAAACCUCCCUAAGAACUUCUAUGAAAUUAUGGCUCAGGGAGACAGGCAAUAUAUCAGUACUGUGAAAGUACUUCUGAAACACAAAGGUAAUCUAUAAAUACCUUUAUAGAUGGGGCACAAUUAUUUAUUUUUCCACCUUUUUGUAAUAAGUAUCUGAUAUAAUCAUCAACAUAGAUUUUGAGAGAAGGAAAAAUAAUAGAAAUCAUGUACUUACUUUGCAUGUAAAUAGAAGAGUAAAUGCAUUGUACACCCAGAACACAACCUCCUUGGCUAUGAGGUGUUUUGCAAAGCAUAAAAUUUAUGGAACACUUUACAAGAUGAGACAUAUGAUAAGCAAGUACAUGUUGUAUCUCUUUCAGCCCAGAGCUGGCAGUAUCACAUCAAGAUAACUAAAUCCAUGCACAAUAUAGAGCAGGGAUGAGCUGCCCUGUUCUUGCUUUGCUGAUGGCUGGCAGCUGUACACUGACACAGGUUACAGACAUUUCUGAAACACUGCUUUAAAUUAUCACAGCCACACUGGUGAUAUUGAAAAGGCUUGGGGGGGGUUGGGGCUGGGGCAAAAUUUCUUGGUCUUUGCCCUGUUACUUUGUUGAAAUCCCCUCUUAAAAAAGAACACUUACUGCCAUAAUUUUUCACCUAAAGAAAUCUUUGCCUUUUUCAUUUUUCAAUCUACAAGCUGGCAGCAUCUUAAAAGUAAUGCUUUUGGCAAAGUUUAGGGCUUGAUAAAAUUAUUUUUAAAGUCUCGCAGGAAAGGGUGACAGGAUUUGUAUUUAUGCAGAAAAAUAGGAUGCCAGCCAGCCAAGCAUGAACAAAAAGAAAGAAGGAGAUUUUGAGGUAAAGAGUAAAAAUACACAGUUAGUUGCUUUUGUUUCUUUUUUUCUGGCUUUAGUAUUCCAAAGAAGGGAUGUUUCUAUCCUUUGCCUUCUAUCAGCAAAUGGUGUUUAUCUCAGCAGGGGCUCUAAGCCCCGAUCUGUGCAAAUUUUUAUGUGAAAGCUUGAGUCUUUUAGUGCUGCCUGUGAGUGUGAAAUUAGCAAUAUAGUGUAAACUUCAUGAGGAAUUGUUCAUUUUAUGAAACAUACACACCACUUGCCUUCUCCUUUUUGUUCCAAUCCGUCUCAGCUUCUCAGCUGGUAAAUGGCCUCAUCCAUUCUGCCACUUUUUAGCUCCUUUUAUACAACUGGCCUUCUGCUUCCUAAUACUUCAAGAUAGGAGUAGUUAUGAGACAUUGUCACUUCUGCCAGUCUGACAUGAGAUUUUACAGUUUUAUCAUUUCUUGUAUGCAGACUAACCUGGGAAAUCCAAGCAGGAGCUGUGUUAUAUCUUCAUAGCAAAGGCAAAUUUGCAAGAAGACCUUUAUGGAGUCUUUAGCUUAUCAGAUGCAGUGUGCCCACAAGACUUACAGGGAAAAGGAGACAUGGGCCUCUGAACACAGAGGUGAAGCACCUGUGUGCUUCACACAAGCAAGCAGCUGUGUUUCCUAGGGAUGGGGAGGCCUGACAACUUCCCAGUCCUCCAGAAAACCAUUAACAGACCCCUUCCCCCAGAUGGUUUUGAGCUGAUCCCUUGUAGAUUAGAGACAUCAGCUGAUAAAUUCCAUCACAAAGCAAGCCUGUCCCGUAUUUGCACACCUCUGUAUCCCAUACAUUCCAGGCAAAAUUAUCCUUCCAUGAAGUACAAAAAGUGAGCUUCCAGCUUUUGUAAAUAUUUAAUUGUUGUGUGUAGCAGCUUCAGAAAUAGUAUCAGCAGCUCAUUGUAAUCACAUCAUCUGCGCAACUCUGAUGAAAUAGCACCAUAAGGAGAUACUGAACAUAGGACUUCUGUAUGUGCAAUACUUUAUAUUACUUAUAUACCUGAAGCAUGUUUACACUGGUAUUUGUGGUUGUUUUUUAAACUUUUGAAUAUACUGAUAACGAUUACAAUAAAGGAAAAAAGGAAUGGGGGGGGGGGGGAAAGUAAAACAAACACUGUGAAGUUCAGUAUUUCUUGCAAUGUGUUUUCAAUCCUACAUUGCUCUGAGGAUGGGGCUAGGUGACCUAAUAAGUUCUUUGCAGUUAUAACUUCUACAGUUCACUUUUGAGAAAUUACUCUCCAUUUUAAUGAUGGGCAAAACAUGUUCAGAUACUAAAUUUAAACAAAAGAAGAACUUCAGUGACUGUUGGGCCUGGCUGGAAUCCAUUGGCUGCAGCUGUGUAAUGUCACUGGAAACCAAAUUAGAGGCACAUGAUCUGACAAACAGUUACUUUGAGCAAUACUUUGUUUUAUAUUUCUACAUCCUUGUAGAUUAAACUUCCCCCCUGGAAAUGUCUGGAGUUGUGUGUUGUCAAGGACUGUAGUCUAUUCCCAGCAUUUGUGGAUAGUUUUGGCUGCAAAUUGCAAACAGCUUUGUGAAGAUUUCUGUGUUUCAGUGCUUGCCAAGAGUGUUUAUUCCCUGGGGAGACUGCAUCCUGGAUGUGGACACUUAGCAGGCAGUUGACAUAAUCUUUCCCCCCAGUAUAUUAGUGCUGUGCUACAUGAUAACCUCUGCCACAUCCCUACACGACUGACCUUUUGUUGCAGUGAUGUCAGCUUUGUAAUGAGUUACUAAAUCCAGCUUUCUGUAAAUGUAAUUCAGCCUUAUUCUUCCCAAUGUUUGUGGUGAGCUGCUAAUUGUAGAGAACAUGGGAGGAGUUCAGAGAGCAGGAGAAACAGAAGAUUACUUAAAAAAUUAGCCUAUUAAAACUCUUUAUUGCUAUGACCACCACAGCAGUCUAGUAAACAGAGAGACAUUCUUCUUUUAUUUCCCAUGCUUAUUGCUGAAUUUGAGAAAGGCUGCCCAGUUAUUUUAUCCAUACAGCAGACUGUAUCAUAUUUUCUGUUUCAUGAAAAUUUCAGAAUUUUCAUACCAGGGAUCAGUAUAUUUUAAUAUAUUUUCCCUUACAGAUUUAAAGAUAUUUAGCAAAUACAAUUUGAAUUUUACCACAGGUUAAUUUUUUUAUUGCCACCAUUCUGUAACUCAUUUUGAGUUUUUCUAUUUCUCACAGCUUUUACAGGUUUUCCAAAUUAGACAGCUCUUGAAAACAACACUGAUUUUCUCUGUGUUUUAGCUGAGAACUUUCCCUCCAUUAGCAUGAAAGAUCUUCUGGUAGGCAUAGUUUUCAUUAACUAAAAAGCCUUUUGGGAACCCACAAAACACCUAGAAAUACACAGGAGAAAGAAAGCCCCAGCCAGCCAUGGCCUAUGGUACUCCAUUGCUGCAAGCCUUUUUUUAAUGAAAUACCAUCUGACACACUGCCUUUAGGAAUUGUUUGAGUGAGUGUUUUAUUUAUGAUUGUUGGCAAAGAUCCAUAUUAAAGUGUAGCGUAAUGGCAGUGCCUCCUAACAGUAAAAAGUCUUGAAUUCAACUCGUGCAGGCACCAUGAUGUGACACAGCAGGAAUGCUUUUAAUAUUGAAGGACUGUUCUUGUUUUGCCUGUGUGUUGUACUGGAGAGGCACUUAGCUAUUCAAGAUGCUACCCUACUGUACACAGUGACUUUUAGAAAAGAAUGGAAGUAAUUGUUCAAGUCGCUUUUCACAUGGUUUUGUUUGUUUUCAACAUGUUAUUCUACUUCACCAAUGCACUACAUUUCAUUUGGUUGUAUAUUGUUCUUUGUUUCAGCGAGGGUUUGUAAAGCAGACUUCAGGAACUCUUUCCAAAACUGGACUGUAUCAGACAGUAUUACUUUUCCAGAAGCCACUCAGGAUAACAGCAGCAGAGCAGAAUUCUGGAUGCUGUGUGAAAUGGUCAGUGCAUUACAGGGGCUAGCUUGCUUUUCAGGAGUUUACCCAAGUUAAUAUUUAGAACUGUAAUAAAAUAUCAAUGUUAGAUUCUCCAUUUCUCCUGUCAAGGAGGGCCAUGGUGUGCCCUGUUUGUCAUUGCUGUAAAAGCCAAACACCAAGCAAUUCUCACAGCAAAGCUGGGGACAGAAGGGCAUGUUUUAAACUUGCACAAGUCAAAUGUAUAACAACCAAACCAAGUGUAUGGCGAGAGCCCAACCAUCAUCUCUCUUGUGAUGUUCUCCUGGUUAUGAAGGUUAACAUUUUCCCUGCUAAAGCACUCUGCCCAUUUAUCACAGACCUGCAGCACCAGAAAAUAACCUCUGAAGCUGCAAAAAGUUUCAAAAAGUUUCCACAGAUUUCAUAGUCUUUGUAGAAAUUUUACAUUAUGAAUUUAUAAGGUAGUUCUUGGCUCUUCAGAUAGUAUAAGCUUCUCUUCAGAGCCAAGAACUACCUUAUACUAUCUGCUAUCUGUUAGCAGGCACCAGCUGACAAACCCCUCAAAUGCUGGUGCUCUAAGGAGAAAUGAAGCAUUUUUCCACAUGAUCUGCUGUCUUAACUGUUUUGCUCAACUGUUCAGUGCUUCCACCAAGACCUGUGGGGGAAGUGCAGGAUUUGGGUGUUAGCAUGCCUUUACUGUGUGCUAGGCACAGAGUAAAUUUGUGGCACAGAAGGCUUGCAGUUCAGAUAUAAAACAAAAAAAACUGAUUUUUUUUUGUUGUUGAUCUUUAAUAUUUUAAUAGCAUUUGAGAAAAGAUAGGUCAGCAUAUUAUGACCUGAUAAAGAAAAUAGAUUUAAACUAACAGUGAAGUCUCCCAGGAGACCCAGGCUUAUAUUUGGGUUAAUUUUUUUCCAUUUUAGGCUUGGAAGAGGCAUCAGGAGAUAGCUUGGGUAGAGAGCAUUCUGGGUUUGUUGUAAAACCAAAACAUUUUGUUUUAAAGAACCAGGUCUGUAAUGUUCUCCUCUGUGCCCUGUAUAUGAGAACAGCCACACCAUUAAACUAGGGAUAGGAGACAUUCACAAUUUGACUCAGUACACCAAGAAGAAACUUUCUUGUGGAGAAAGACAAAGACUAAAUUUUCUCAUGACCUAAAAUUAGGAAAGAUUUGUUUUUCUUGGGGAGAACAGGACCCCAAGGAAGCCCUGCCCUUCAAGCACCAUGGGUACAAGAAUAAACACAAGGUAGCUGCACACAAGGGACUUUCUAUCAAGCAGUUCAGGAGGCUGCAGGAUACAUUAAACAACUUAGGGAGGAGGAGAAGGCUCUAGAGGAGAAAUCAAACCUUUAAACACAUAGAUGUUAUCACAGAUCAGAAGCAACAAAAAGGAUGAUUAGUAAAAUAGAUGGAUUGGAAAUAAGGUUCAGCUACAGGAGAUGAGAAGUUGUAAACCCAGAGUAUAAUGAGAAUAAUAAUCUAAUACUGUGAUGUGAUUUUUUUUCCACAAUGGCCAACUGAUUCAUUGCUCAUGCAAAGUUUGAGGAAGACUAUUUCCCUUGUAAUUAAAUAAGGAAAGGAAAAAUAUCUGCAGCUGUGAAAGGCUUCUUGCAGUAACUGUGAAUCUCUCCCAUUCCUGAAUGAAGGGCUGCAUUCAUUGACUUUGAGAGAAGGAAGGAGGUCAUAAAGACAUGACACUUGAAGUUUUUCCAGCUUUUGGCUUCACUGCUGUUUCAGAGUGACUUCAGUAUUUGCUGAGGCACUGUGACACAUUUCACUGUAGUGGUACAGACUCUGCAAUCCAAAGGUAAUAGAAAGGCUUUUCUUUCAAACCAGUAAAAACUAAAUAUUUUGUGGAAAUUUUCUGUCUAUGCCUGGCUUACCUAGGAAACCUAAGGAGUAAAGUGGUGUUUAACUGGGAUGGUUUUAUUUAUCAAGUGUUGCUGCAUGCACUAAGAAGCUUCUCUAUACAUGUAAAAAGCUUUGGUCUUUAAAUCCAGUUUGAAGUAGUUAAACGGAAGCAAUUCUUUGCAAACAGAUGAAAGAGGCACAACUAAUUCAGCAAUAGAAUUGAAAAAUUAAUUUAAGUGGUGAAGAUGACACCUGUUUAAUUUUGACUGUAAUGAAUGCUUGAUAUUUUCAAGGUUUACUAGUUCUUUAAGUCCACAUUUAAUAUAUUUUUGUUCUAAUGAAGCACUUAGACAUUAUUAAGAGUGAUAUUUGUGUUUAGUGUAAGAUACUCACUAACAGAUCAGACAAACAAAGCAGUUACUCUCCCAAGAGGAGAAAAUGCCAAUACCAUAACAGUUUUCAGUCCUUUUGACAUAUUUGCUUUGCCUCAAAGAUUUCUGAAGCAUGUUGCUCUGCUCUGUUGAGUGCUGCUUCAUUAAUAUUAUUUGAUCAUUGGCCCCUCCGUCAACUGGUUUGGAUGGUGGAGAAUCAAUGCCAUCUCCUCUGCAUCUGCUUCUUGUUUAAAAUGCUGAGGAUAUCUCCUGUCUCAUGAACAUGUCUGCAGCUUUUCAGUAAUUCCCAUGUGAUUGAUGAGAAUAUAUUCUACUUAAUUUUGGGGGAAAGGGGUGUUUAGUCUCCACCCCACUUUUCUAAUGCCCAUAUAUACACAAAAAGUCAGCCCUGCAGUAUCUAUUACAGAUUAUUUCACUAAGCAACCAGCCAAGUCUUUGUUCUGUAAUUUAGCAGAACAAAGAAACCCUGAACUUGGCCCCCCAGCCAUUUUAAGCAAACAUCUGUGUGAAACCAUUGACUCACUGCAAUGUCUAAGAGGAAAUCUCAUAAAACGUAUUGUGGACUCCUCACUGUCAUCACUA